AUGGUCCGCCUACGAGAAAUCCCCAGGACGGCCUGUUUCGCCUGGUCGCCAGGCCCCACGCAGCCUCUUGUUGCCACUGGAACCAAGGCCGGGGCUGUGGACGCCGACUUUUCAAAUGAAACACAAUUGGAGCUCUGGGAGCUCAAGUUGGACGACGCCGAGCAGGGCGUGGAGCUCAAGCCCGUUGCUACCGUGAGCGUCGAGUCGAGGUUCAACGACAUUGCAUGGAGUCAACCCAGUGAACAGUACCCGCGGGGCAUAAUAGCGGGUGCGCUCGACAGCGGGGCACUAGUCCUAUGGGACGCAGAGAAGCUGCAGGCAGGCGAGGGUGAGGAUGCGGAGAUUGACCAGAUCGACAAGCACACGGGUCCCAUCCAGGCGAUACAGUUCAACCCCUUCCGAUCCAACAUCCUCGCCUCGGCCGGUGCCAAGGGCGAGCUCUACGUCCACGACCUCGCCGACGACUCCAAGUCGUUCCGCCUAGGCAAGGCUGGAGCGAACCCCGACGAGUACACUACAUUAGACUGGAACAAGAAGGUUGCGCACAUUCUGGCCACCGGCAGCAGUGGCGGCUUCGUCACCGUCUGGGACGUCAAGCUGAAGAAGGAGAACCUCACAUUGAACCACUAUGGACGGAAAACAGUCAGCGCCGUGUCGUGGGACCCCAACGUGCCCACACGACUAGUCACCGCCAUCCCGACGGACCAGAAUCCGCUCGUGCUGGUAUGGGACCUCCGCAACACCAAUGCGCCAGAGAAGACGCUACAGGCACACGACCAGGGUGUACUGUCGCUUUCGUGGUGUGUGCAAGACAGCGACCUCUUGCUAUCUUGCGGCAAGGACAACAGGACCAUUGCCUGGAACCCGCACACCGGAGAGCAGCUGGGCGAAUUCCCAGUUGUCACAAACUGGACCUUCCAGACUAGAUUCAACCCCGCGAACCCGAACCUCCUCGCUACCGCAUCUUUCGACGGCAAGAUUGCUGUUCAGACGCUACAAAACACUGGCGCUGCAACGGACCAGAGCAAGGCGGCGACUGAAGCCCCUGCAGGCGAGGACUUCUUCGCUCAGACACACGCAGAGCCCCAGGGCGCAUCCUUCUCUCUAAAGACACCCCCGAAAUGGCUGAAGAGGAGAGCGGGUGUCGCCUUUGGCUUUGGCGGAAAACUGGUGCGGUUCGGCAUCGUUGAUAACAAGUCCAAGAUCUCCAUCGAGACAUUCGCAGUAGAUUCAGACGUCAGCGCUGCAAGUGAGGAGUUCGACAAGGCUCUGGACAAGGGCGAUCUCACAGCGAUCUGCGAGUCGAAGAUUUCGAAGGCUGCCAAUGAGGAAGAGAAGGCCGACUGGACCGUGAUCGAGACCCUCACAUCAGAAAACCCACGAAGCAAGCUUGUCGAAUACCUUGGCUUUUCUGACAAACAGGAGGAGCUGGAAGAAGAAGAAGAGAAGAAGGAAGAGAAGACAAACGGCGAUGCGGACGAAGGCUCCUCGUUCUUCGAUAAUGCGACUGAUGAGGGCAACUUCCUCUCGGAUCUCGCAGCUUCCAAGGGCGCCAAGACCAACAAUCCCUUCCAGAUUUAUACCGGCUCCGAGUCUGAAGCAGACACUAAGAUCACUCGCAACCUCAUGCUAGGUGACUUCAACGCGGCAUUGGAUGUAUGUCUAAAGGAAAACCGAUUGUCGGAUGCUUUCAUGAUUGCCAUUUGCGGUGGAGAGAAGUGCAUCGCCAAGGCACAGGCUGCAUACUUCAAAAGGCAAUCUGACGCACCAAACUACCUACGACUUCUUGCGUCGGUCGUCGGAAAGAACUUGUGGGACUUUGUAUACAAUGCUGAUCUGAAAGACUGGAAGGAAGUCAUGGCAACAAUCUGCACAUUUGCCGAUCAAGCCGAUUUCCCCGACCUUUGCGAGGCUCUCGGAGAUCGUCUCGAAGAAGCCAUCUCUGAAGAGUCAGGAUCGUACCGAAAAGAUGCGUCUUUCUGCUACUUGGCUGGUUCCAAGCUUGAGAAGGUCGUCGUCAACUGGGCCCAGGAGCUUCAAGAGAGCGAGAAGGCGGGCAUUGAGCAAACUGAUGGUGACAACAGUUUCUCAAUCCACGCGCGAUCACUCCAGGAGUUCAUCGAGAAGGUCACAGUGUUCCGAAAGGUCACCGACUUCAAGGACACCGAACAGCAAAAAGAGGACGACUGGAAGCUCGAGCCUUUGUACGCAAAGUACGUCGAGUAUGCUGACAUUGCUUCUGCCCACGGCCAGCUCGCUAUUGCAGAGAAGUAUCUAGAUCUUCUGCCUCAAAAGUACCCAGCAGCAGAUGUAGCGAGGAACCGGAUCAAGCAAGCCACCAGAAAGGUUGCAGCCCAGCCAGCGACAGCCCACAAGCAGGCCCAGUCUACUAGCACUGGUCGUCGUCAAGUCGUAGUCCCUUCAUAUGGUCAACCUGCACAAGCAAUACCAGCACCGCCCCAGCAGACCCCGUACGCUCCAGUCAACCCUAUGCAAACGCAGCCAAGGGCGUCGCCUUAUGCUCCAGUCAACCCUCUCUCGUCACAAGCUCAGGCCACUGCACCAUCAACAUUCACACCAGCAGCAGCGUCCGGCAAUGCGUACACGCCAGCCGGCUACCAGCCAUCUCAACCUCAGGGCUAUGGUGGUUACGGUCAGGCUACCCAACAACCAAUUGCACCUCCGCCACGCAAUUUCUCCAACUCUCCAUCUAUUGUGCCAGCAGCCAACAGGGGUAGCAUUCCCGCCUGGAAUGACACACCAGACUUUGGCCCCCCUAAGCCAGCUUCGCGUCGUGGUACUCCCAUGAACACUGUUGCUUCUCCGUUCCCGAACCAGCAGCAGCCCCUCGCAGGUCCGCCUCAAGGCCCGUUCUCGCCAGGAGCACGAUCAACACCUCCACCUCCUCCAAAGGGCCCGCCUCAAGGCCCUCCUCGUAUGACUUCUCCACCAGCUGGACCUCCAACUGGCGCCCCAAACCCCUACGCACCAACUCCGGCAACAAACAACUACGCUGCACCACCCGCAGGCUUUGCACCCCCACAACAGGCGCCACUACAACGUGGAGCGUCGCCAUACCAACCCCCAACUGCUGCCGCUCCGCCAUCGAAUCGCUAUGCUCCUGCUCCAGGUCAGCAACCAUCAGCCCCAUCUGGGCCUAUGGGUGCAAUGCCACCACCGCGUAAUAUUGCGCCUCCUCCAGGCCAAUUUACACCCGCUGGCUCACCUUACGCACCAUCGCCGGCGCAACAAAUGCCACCGGCUGCCGCAGCACCGCCACCACCAAGGGGGCCACCGCAAGGACCUCCGCGGGCAGGCCCUCCUCCCGGAGGUCUUCAAGGCGGACCACCAAGACCAGAUUCUCGACCCGGUACUGGUCAAUCACAAGCGGCUCCCCCGGCAGCAGCCAAGUAUCCCCCCGGUGACCGAUCGCACAUUCCCGACGCAUCUCGUCUCAUCUACGAGAUCCUUGAUGCCGACCUACAACGGGUCAAGGCGAGGGCACCAGCACAGUACAAGCAGCACGUUGCAGAUACCGAGAAGCGCCUCAACAUCCUGUUUGACCACCUUAACAACGAGGAUCUGCUCAAGCCCGAUACUAUCCAGAGCAUGAACGAACUCGCGGCUAACAUCCAGGCCAAGCAGUAUGAUGCUGCGGUCGCAAUAUUUUCGGAUUUGAUGACCAAUAAGACGGAUGAGGGUAGCAACUGGAUGGUUGGCGUCAAGCGCUUGAUUCAGUUUAGCAAGUCGACUGCUUAG